AUGGAUAGUCAUUCAAGACAAGAGGUAAUCUGUUAUGAAUCGAAAUGGCUUCAACCAGUUUCAACAAACCGCCCUACACCUUCAUCCCCAGUUAAUGAGUCAUUGAAUCAACUGUAUGAUGAUUCAAAACCUUAUGAUCCAGAUAAAUUUCUAUGGUCAGGUAAUCCGUUUGGAUCACAAAGUCCACCUCCAUCAGAUGAUGCAACUGCUCAAGGACCUGGACGUGAAAGUGGUAUUGAAUCAAGUAUCCGUGAAAAUCGUCAAUCGAAUGAUAUCAAUGGGAUAUUAGAUGAACAAACUGAACAACAACAACUAUCAGAAAACCUAAAAGUACACGAUACUGGUGUUCCAGAUGACGACAGAGAUGAUGAUGAUGGUGAUGAUGACAAGUCCAUGCUGAAUAAUCUUCAAUUAUCGCCUAGUCUAUCACCACCAUCGCAUAGUUCACAAAUGACACUUUUAACCGCCGGUGUCUCAUUAACAGCAUUAAUUCUUAUCUUUGAAAAUAAUACCGACAAUAAUAGAUUUAAAACACGUUAUAAAUUAAGUUACGCCAUCUUACGUCGAUUGGCAUUUCAUCGACGACGUAAAAGAAGUCAACGGAAAUUGUUUAGUUCAUUUAAUCUAACUGAAAUGCAUUGUCCACCUCCAGGAAUUGGUAGCUCCAUCGCUGCUAAUCUUCAUUCCACUCCUCUAUCGUAUGAAUUUUCAGGAUAUACUAAUCCAACAGCUAAUAAUGGCUUGCUUUAUUCUCAAUCGAAUGGUGAGAUAAGAAACUUUACUAAUUCUUUAGAUACUACUAAUAAUAAUAGUAGUAGUAAAAAUAAUACAACUACAGAAAUGAAUCCAAACUAUGCGUCAGAUUCACCGAAUACAACUCUUUGUCAAGCUGAUAAUAAUAUUAAUAAUAAUCCUUAUACACCAUCACGACUGAACCGUGUUGAUUCUAUUUCAAUGAGCUAUCGUCCAUGUCAGUUGAUGAACUCUCCACCAUCACCAAGUACUAUAUAUAACAAUAUUAAUACAUCUGGUUAUAUGAAAUCUGGACAAAACGAUUUAAGCAUUACGUGUAAUGGAGUUGGCACCGCAUUAGGUAGUUUAAAAUCUGUUAGUACAAUGGGAUCGAAGAGUUUACAACCGUUGAAUUCUACGGAUUAUGCAGGUAUGACAUGUGGUAUGUUGUCACCGAUUUCUAAUGGACGUGGUCGAAAUAUGCUUAGUUCUAUACCAAGUCGACCACAAUUGUAUAAGCCUAUUCUAGUAUCAAAUUUAAUUGAAUAUGUACAAAAUUUAAAAGCAGACAAUGGACGUUUAAUGGCAGCUGAAUUUGAAUCUAUCGAUCCAGGUGGACCAUUCACCUGGGAACAUUCAAAUCGACCGGGGAAUAGAAAUAAAAAUCGUUAUGCUAAUGUUGUCGCCUACGACCAUUCACGUGUUAUCCUUCAGUUGAAUUCAGCUAUGGAACCAGAUUCUGAUUAUAUUAAUGCGAAUUACUUGGAUGGUUAUUGUAAACAAAAUGCUUAUAUUGCUACACAAGGCCCACUACCGCAUACAAUCAAUGAUUUCUGGCGUAUGGUCUGGGAACAACAUUCAGCUAUGAUUGUAUCAAUGACACGGUUGGAAGAGAAAGCUCGUAUUAAAUGUGAACAAUACUGGCCUGGUAGUAUUGGUUUAACCAAUGGUAGUGGAGUUGGUGAUAACAACUCCACUAUGAAUGGUGGUAACCAUAGCAACAGUGUUCUGUUAUCGUGUAAACCAAGUCCAAGUAUAUCAUCACGACUGAAUACCUCUUCGUCUAUAACUUCGUGUAAAAAGGCUAAUGAUUUUAAAAUGAAAACAUCUUUAGAACGUGGUAAUAUUACUAAUAAUGUUGAUGAUGGUGAUGACGAUGAUGAUGUUGAAGAGCAUAUCACACUGAAUGGAGAUUUAAUGUUCACUAAUGGAUUUUCACAUUUAUCACAAGGUACAGUAAACUUCGGUGAUAUCUCAGUCAGUUUGUUAGACACGAUUGAAUUGGCCUAUUACACUGUACGUUCAUUUGUACUUCAAAAAGUUGGAACUUCAGAAAGAAGAGAAGUUCGUCAACUACAGUUUACUGCAUGGCCAGAUCAUGGAGUACCGAAUCACCCAGCACCAUUGUUAAUGUUUUUAAGACGUGUUCGAGCUGAAUGUCCUGCGAAUUCUGGUCCAAUUAUUGUACAUUGUUCUGCAGGUGUUGGAAGAACCGGUGCAUUUAUCCUCUUAGACAUCCUCCUUGAACAAAUGCGUCAUGAGAAGGCCGUGGAUGUUUUCAGCGCAGUGAGUCGUUUACGCGCACAACGUAACUUUAUGGUACAAACAGAAGAUCAAUACGCUUUUAUCUAUGAAGCUUUGGUGGAAGCUGCAUCCAGUGGUAAUACAGAAAUACCAGUUCAACAGUUGGCCAAUCAUUGGACACGUUUAACCGAUUUAAAUCGUAUCAAGGGUCAAGAUCAAUUGAAUUCUUCUGAUCAAAUCAGUUUGUCAGUGAAAUCAUCGAUUUAUACAAAUUCAACAACAAUAUCAACUGGUUUAGAACUGGAAUUUUAUCAUUUGUUGACGCAAUCGAAUUUAACAAAGUUAAUCUCAUCGAUUCCAUCGUCUAUUGGAUUGUUAUCACCGAUUGAUCCAAUCUCGAAUAAAGAAGAUGAAAGAGGUGGGAAUGGUUGCUCGAGUAUACCACGUCUACCACCGCCAAUUGGAUUGGGUAUGAAUAAAACUGGAUUGGCAGCUACUCUACCGGUUAAUAUACCUAAAAAUCGUAACCUGACGAUUAUACCGCAUGAUGCUAAUCGUGUCGCCUUGAAAGCUGUACGUGGUGUAGAUGGCUCUGAUUAUAUCAAUGCAAGUUAUAUUGAUGGCUAUAGGUCACGUGCUGGUUACAUCGCAACACAAGCACCAAUGAACAAUACACUCGAAGAUUUUUGGCGAAUGAUAUGGGAAUCUGGUUCAUGUUUAAUUGUUAAGCUGGACAGUAGUACUUUGAUGCCAUCGAUUGAUGGUAAAUUUAUUGAUUCACCAACCUACUGGCCAAACUUACAAUCAGCACGUCAUGGAUUCUUAGUUAUCGAUCCAAUAGCCACAUAUACCAUGCCCGCUUAUAUUAUGCGUGAAUUACGUCUAACAGAUACACGUGAUGGUAGUUCACGGACGAUUCGUCAAUUUGACGCCAGUUGUACAGCAAAUUCAAUUAUACAUCUUGAAAAACAAACCUAUGCCACCUCGAGUAAUAGUAGUGAAUUCCUUAUUGAAUCAUCCCCGUCAAUAACAACAACUACAACAACAAACGGGGGUGGUAUCGGCUGCAGUCGAGGAGUAUCACUAUCACCGAAUCCACUCCUCCUGGAGACAUCAUUUACAGAAGAUGAUUAUCUACGUGUGAAUCAUAUCCCCAGUCAAGUGUUGACAACAUUUAGACAAUGUUAUCAACCGUUGUGUGAAUCAAUGCUCGAGUUGAUUAGUCAGGUGCAUAAAACUAAGGAACAUUUUGGUAUGGAAGGACCAAUUACUGUACAUUGCAAUUUGGGUGCUGGAAUCACAGGCAUUUUUCUUGCCAUCUCACUUGUCCUGGAACGUAUGCGUUAUGAAGGUGUUGUAGAUAUGUUUCAAACAGUGAAACUUUUAAGAUGGCAACGUCCUGGUCUUGUACAAACUGCUAGUGAAUAUGCAUUCUGUUAUGCUACAGCAUUAGAAUAUCUUGAGUCUUUCGAAAGAUAUACAACAUAA